GAAUUUAGUCAUGAGCCUAACGAUGUGAGGUUGCGCACAGGCGGAACGAACGACGCAUGAAGAGCGCAACAGGAGUUGAGCGCGCCCAGUCUCUAUUCAACUCUAUCCAAAUACAAUUCUAAAGUUGGUAUUGGGAUGUACGACUUUUCUCUGUUUCCGUGGAUUUGAAUAAACGACGUUUUUAUUUAAUUUUGUUUUCAUCUGCCUUCACUUGUAAUCUCUUCGUGUUGGAAAAGUUGGUAUUUGUUUUACAAAAAUGGAGCGAAAAACGCCGGGCAAUCUUUCUUGCUGUUGGAGCUUUCUUCUCGCGUACUUCUGGUGCUGUAAUCUCACCGAGUGUUACAAUUUGGAUGUAGACCACCCCAUUAGUUUCAGUGGACCAAAUGGAUCUUUAUUUGGAUAUUCUGUAUUGUUACACAAGAACCAGAAAAACACAUGGUUAUUAGUCGGAGCUCCAGUUGCGAAUUCAUCUUCCUACCCAGCCGUAAAAAAACCAGGAGCAAUUUAUAAGUGCAGCAUCUCGGACAAGAGAGAAUGUCAACAAAUAUCAACAGGUGUGGACAGUUGUGGGAAGACAUGCUUCUCUGAGAGUGACAACCAGUGGCUCGGAGUCAGCCUGUCCAGACAGCCUCGUGAUGGCCAUGUAUUGGCAUGUGGGCAUCGUUGGAAGAACGUGUUCUAUUCCAGGAAAGAAAACCAGAACAAGCUGCCUCAUGGUGUCUGUUACAGAUACGAGUCUGACCUCAAACAGUCUCAACCACUCAUCCCAUGCUACAAAGAUCACCAACGGAAGUUUGGUGAAGACUAUGGAUCAUGCCAAGCAGGGAUAUCCAACUUUCUGACUGAGGACUUGAUAAUUAUGGGAGCCCCAGGGACAUCGUACUGGACUGGAUCUGUCCUGGUCUACAACACCUCCAGCAGAGUCCUGUCUGCCUAUGUGGAUGACAGCAGCACUGUCCUCUAUGGCAGUUACCUGGGCUACUCGGUUGGGGCCGGCCACUUCCUCCACCCUGACUCCACAGAGAUUGUUGGCGGUGCGCCCCAGCACGGGCAGACUGGUAAGGCCUACCUAUUCAGAGCUGAAGAAAACAUGCUGAAGAUAAUCAGUGAAGUCAAGGGCAGCAAGCUUGGCUCGUAUUUUGGUGCCAGUGUGUGUGCUGUGGACCUGAAUGGAGAUGGCCUGUCUGAUCUACUGGUAGGAUCUCCCAUGUACAGCACCGUGAGAGAGGAAGGACAAGUCCAUGUCUACAUAAACCAAGGAGCCGCUAAUAUGAAGGAAGCAGAGUUUCAGUUGGUGGGAAGCAACUCGUAUGCUGCCAGAUUUGGGGAGACCAUAACUGAUCUGGGAGAUAUUGAUGACGAUGGCUUUGCUGAUGUGGCAGUGGGGGCUCCGCAGGAAGAAGAGCUGCGUGGGGCUAUAUAUAUCUACAAUGGGAGGAAAACAGGGAUCUCUCAGACCUUCUCUCAAAGGAUCACUGGCUCUGUUCUGGGUAUUGAGUUAAAGAUGUUCGGACAGUCUGUGUCAGGAGCCAUCGAUGUUGAUGAAAACGGUUACCAAGAUGUAGCAGUAGGGGCCUUCCUCUCAGACUCGGCUGUUGUUCUGAGGACUCGUCCAGUAAUAGUGGUAGAAGCCUUCAUGCCCCUGCCUGUCAGUGUAGACCGCUAUGUAGCGCUGUGUUCUGACAACGGUCUUCCUGCUGUCUGCAUCAAUGCUACAGUCUGCUUCAGGGUCCAUGCUCGACACUUCACCUCUUCAAUAGUGCUCCAGUAUAAUCUGACAGCAGACACGCAGCACAAGGAGUCCUUCCCCUCACGUUUCCAUUUCCACGGAAACGGGACGUCCAACGCUACAACAGGGCGGGUCAAAACCAGACACGACCAGCUGACCUGCGUCCCCCACCAGGCCUUCAUAAGGAAAGAUGUCCGAGAUAUCUUCACACCCAUCCAUUUUGAGGUUUCGUACACUCUCAGAGAGCACACUGUCCAUAACGGAGGAUCCACUUUCCCUGCUCUGAAACCCAUACUGCAGCAGAGAGGGGGGCACGGUAACCUGGUGGCCAAUAAGACAGAGUUUGCUCGGUACUGUUCAUUGGCCAACUGCUCAACCAAUCUGCAGGUCUCUGCUCAACUGGUGUUACCACAGAGACACAACAACAUGCCGUACUUUGCACUUGGCAAUGGGAAGACCAUCAUGUUGAACACAACCCUGGUGAACACGGGAGAUGAUGCAUUCCUCCCCAGACUCCAGCUCCGAUUCCCCAGUAACCUGCACUACAUCAAAGUGCUUGACGCAGAGGAGAAGUUUGUGAGCUGUGACAUUUCAGAGGAGAACAAGACAAUAGUAGGAGUGGAUUGCAGUGUGGGAAACCUAUACCUCAGCUCUGGGGCCAAGGUCAAUAUCAGUUUUCUGUUGGAUGUGAACCAGAGUAGUAGUGUUGGUGACGCUAGCAUCUCCAUCAACGCUAGUGGGGACAAUUAUGAAAACGAGGAUCUUCUGCAUGACAACUCUGCCACUCUGAUGUUACCCCUGAGAUAUGGAGUAGAUGUCAACAUUCAUGGGUUUAUGACUCCAACAUCCUUUGUAUUUGGUGACCAGGCACCUAUUCCAGUUGAUUGCUACACAGAGACAUUCAACUACACUUACAAGGUUGUCAAUAUUGGUCCAAGCAAAUCUCUCAACACGAUAGUGGAGAUUGAUAUUCCCAAGAUCCUGUCACCAUAUCCAUACAGAUUACUCCAUGUCACAGACUUCCAUACGUCUCUUGGAGAAUGCUCCAUUCAAAACGACUCCAUUGCGGUGGAGGAUGACUGUGAGGUGCCACAGUCCUCUUUCAUCAAAGAACUGGUCUUCUUCUUCUCCAAAAUCAGCAAACGCAAAAUGUUCUGUGCCUAUGGUGAUGACCUGUGCCUGACUCUGGAGUGUAGACUAGGAGAUAUGGACAUUGGGAAAGAAGCCACCAUUCACAUGGAAGUGAAGCUGAAUCCUACCGUUCUACAGCUCUCACCUGGACGUCAUGGAGUGAUGCUGAUGGAGAGUACUGGCGUCAUCACAUCACCAAGGGAGGACCCUCAAACCAUCAUCCUACAGAAGAUCCCUAUCGCUCAGGUUGUGUUGGAGGCCCACUUCAGCCAGAAGCCUCAGGCAGCAGUGGAGGUGUUUAUCAUUGUAGUGAGUCUACUGGUGGGACUCCUGAUCCUGGCCCUGCUCAUCUUCGCCCUCUGGAAGAUUGGUUUCUUUAAAAGGCAGUUUAAGAAGGAGGAUGAGAUCAGGAGGGAUAGCUGGGACUAUGUACCAAAACAUUUGACUAAGACUGAGAGUAGAUCCUAAGAUUGAGAUCAAGACAGAGUGACUGUGUCCUAAUACAGAAUGGUUCUAUACUACAACAUGGACUAAGAGGCACAUUUUGACUGAGAUCAUCCAAACCCAAGGGAAAGAACUGCUGGACCAUUCAAAUUGUGAUGGCUCAGAAUGACAAGGAAAGAAAAAAUGUCAUUUCCCUAAAACAUGCAAGAGGAAAAGGCUGACGAAGUGUAAGUUUAAAAUGUGUUGUCAGCGGGACAACUAUAUUACACUUUACCUCUGGGUCUGGUGCAGUGAGACUAUAACACAUUGGAGUGUUUACAUUGAAUGUAUGUUAGAACAUGUCAUGUACAUUAGAACAUGGACUAUGUACAUUAGAACAUGUCAUGUACAUUAGAACAUGUCAUGUACAUUAGAACAUGUCAUGUACAUUAGAACAUGUCAAGUACAUUAGAACAUGUCAUGUACAUUAGAACAUGGACUAUGUACAUUAGAACAUGUCAUGUACAUUAGAACAUGGACUAUGUACAUUAGAACAUGUCAUGUACAUUAGAACAUGGACUAUGUACAUUAGAACAUGUCAUGUACAUUAGAACAUGUCAUGUACAUUAGAACAUGUCAUGUACAUUAGAACAUGGACUAUGUACAUUAGAACAUGUCAUGUACAUUAGAACAUGGACUAUGUACAUUAGAACAUGUCAUGUACAUUAGAACAUGUCAUGUACAUUAGAACAUGGACUAUGUACAUUAGAACAUGGACUACGUACAUUAGAACAUGCCAUGUACAUUAGAACAUGUCAUGUACAUUAGAACAUGGACUAUGUACAUUAGAACAUGGACUAUGUACAUUAGAACAUGCCAUGUACAUUAGAACAUGUCAUGUACAUUAGAACAUGUCAUGUACAUUAGAACAUGGACUAUGUACAUUAGAACAUGUCAUGUACAUUAGAACAUGGACUAUGUACAUUAGAACAUGUCAUGUACAUUAGAACAUGUCAUGUACAUUAUAGCAUGGACUCAGUACAUUAGAACAUGUCUUGUACAUUAGAACAUGGACUAUGUACAUUAGAACAUGGACUAUGUACAUUAGAACAUGGACUAUGUACAUUAGAACAUGGAUUAUGUACAUUAGAACAUGGGCUACAUGAUCUCAUAGAAAUAGGCAUAUCAUUCCUGUUUUGAUUUCCUACCAAGAUCUCAGGAAGUGAAAACAGAACUUGAUAAAUAAGCACAAACUGAAACAAGAAGGUAUUAUCUGUACCUGUCCAUUAAUUGAGGACUGCUCAUUUUCCAUUGCAAAACAUUUUGCCACGGUCUGUCCUAAUGAACAUGGCCCAAGUCUCACAGACCUGACUACUUGGAUUCGGUCGAGGUACGAAACAUUUAUGAAUGCACUGCUGAAGCUUUUCUUUAUGCAUAGGAACAUCAUCUGUAUACACUCAGUGGCCAGUUUAUUAGGUACAACACCUUGUUCACGAAAAUGGUUCACUCCUACAGACAGUGAGUCACAUGGCUUGCUAUAUACAGUGGGGC